CGCACCGAAGAAACUUCUUGAAAUAUGCAGCUAAUGUCGUUGCGCAUCCUUAGUACUAGCAACGCAAAACAGGAAUUGCGUUUAGUGGCCAUCCAGCCGGAUUUUGGUUUGGUGCGUUUGGUGAUCAGACGGAAAAACUAUACUAGUGGCUGCAUUCGAUGUCACAUGAAGGAGCUAAUGACAGUUUUUUCGAAACGAACAGCUUUUUUGCAGAUGUAUGCUUUCGUAGUGCUAGAGGUACGGCUUUGCCGAAUAUCAGCUGCAUCUGCAUCUGUUUUGUUCGUCCUGUAUUUUUCUCAUAACGAAGGCGUUUGUAUCAACUUGUAGUCAGCAUAAACAUGUACGAAUGGUGUAACGUUUUUUUUAACAACAGAGGAAACAGGUACA